UAGCUUUUCUCAAGAGUCAAGAGAGAGAAGCAAUGGCAAAAGCUGGAAAACCCACCCAGUCCUAAUACUCACUUCGCUCCUCCCAAAAUCUUUUUCCAUGGCGGAGGAGGUACCCCGAUCCCUCCCCACAACGACGCAGGAAGAACCCCAAACCCUUCCUCCCCAGCCAGAAGCCCCCGCACCUACGCCGGCUCCGGCGGCCCCGCCGCCUCUCCCGGCGGCGGCGCCGCCGGCGGAGCCCAAGACGAAGAAGAGGAAGCUGGAGGAUGCGGGUUUCCACAACUCCGCCUACUUCAAGAUCCGCACCAUCGUCAAAGACCUCCGCCCCCUCUUCCUCGUGCUUGUUCAAGCAUCUGAUUUUCGAAAUAGCAAUGCAGCUCAUGACAUUCUAAAACAGAUAAGUACUUUGGCGGAGUUAUCGAAGCAACUGAGAAAUGAGCUGACCACUGUGGAGGAGCUUAAGAAACCAUCAGAGGAGUCUAAACCUUUGCCUGGGGCCGUCAAGAAAGAGCCAACCAAUAAUUUCCAAGAAGUUAACGCACCAAAUGCGAACGUGAUCCCAGAGAGCCUCCCAGAAAGAGCCAAGACCAGCGAAACAAAGGACUCCCCAAAGCAGCUUGAAGAUGGGUUUCUAGGGUCUUACGUCAUUGGCGGAUCCCCCGUCGGCUGGAACUUUCUUGUUUACUCGGGAAUCAAAACGGUCUAUUAUGGUGUGACCAAGGAGGAAUUUCGGUCGCGUCAAGCAGCCAAGUAGAAGAUCUAUUGCCUAGUUUUGGUUAGUCCAGCUUUCAAUGGAAGAGCUUAAUGCCCCUGUAAUGCAAAAGCCAAGGCCAACUGUUAUAUUAUACUUGGUGCAAUGGAUUUUAUACUGUCGUAUGAGGCAGGGAAUGUAUUUCGCAAGCGAGGAACAAGACUGAUUGGAGUUAGAUUGAUUUAGUUGAUGCUGUUCUCAUUAUUUUGGCUGAUCCACAGCGGAAAGAGCCAUCUUUUCCAUC